AUGGUAGCAAACCCAGUAUGGGCACAGGAUGCGGAUUCUCUUGAUGAAAUCCAGAAUCUACUUGUUGAGAGCGAUUUUCUUUGGGACGUUGACGGCUGGACGGUGCAAGGAGAGUGUGAUCCUAUUCAACAUGGGCAGAGGAUGGCAAAGGCUGCAGACAGCGGGCCGGGGAAAUGGUAUUUUGUCGCCCCAAAGAAAUUUUUAGGUGCUAAACGAGCAGCAUAUGGAGGAAAACUUACGUUUCGGCAUGGAUUUUUUGAGUAUAAUAGUGAGGGAAGAGAUCUACAAAGCGGCCCAUUCGACGUGGUGCUGAUAUCGGAAGCUCAUGGGUUGGUUGUGGGCAAGAAAAAUGUUAUCCCAGCCUGGGCAUUUCGUAGCGACCAUGAACUGGAACUUGUCGAGACAGCAGGUUGGAUCCUGAACAGCACCAAAGGUCCGCCCAGCCGCCCUGACAUGAUAAGACUGCUAUCGAAGUUGAGUGCAAUCUGGAUUCGAGGAGGAUUCUACCAAGGAAACGAAGACUCUUACAUCAUGAAUGUCAAGUUGUUUUCCGGGCCAGUUGACACAACCCCGAAGAAGAGCUCUUUGAAACGUCAGCGGAUUCACUCUGGCCCGUCCCAGGUGCCGCCGGAAGAGCCGCCAAUGGAGAGGGAAAUCGAGCCUACCGAAUCCAAACAACAUGACAAUGAUGAAACCAAGCUUCACAUCGAUGACAAGGAGCUUGAAGAAACCUAUCGUCGGCUGAAAGCACAGGAAUCCAAGAAAGCAAAGGCAACCGAGCAAGAUAAUAUGCAGGAUGUCCCUCCUCCACCUGAGGAUGAUGAUGCUGCCGGUGGAAGCAAUGAGGGUUCUGAUGAUUCCAGAUCGAGAGAUCCCAUGGAAUCUGAUGAAGUUGAAGAGAAAACAAAGAAGGAGAAGAAGGGAAUGUUCGGUGGAUUCUUUGGCGGAGGCGAGAAGGACGAUCUGUGA